GAAAUAAAAAAAAAUUCAUGUUGUUUGGAUUUUGGAGCACAAAGUUAUGGUUGUCCAAAGUUUGACAAAAUCAGAAAAAAGCUCGUUCGGGGUAGCAAACGAAAUUUUUUAGGACGAAUGCAGUAUCAAACCACCUUCGGCUUGCAAGAUCUCAAAAAUUUAUGCGGAAUCAAAAAAAAAUUCGUGACGAUCGGAUACCCGAACACAAAGAUACGUCUGUUUGAAGUUUCCACCUAGGUUAGGAUUUUUCAAAAAAAAAAAAAAAAAAAAGCAGAUCGCACCCUGGGGGUGCGGUCUGCCAAACCGCCCCCUGGGGGUGCGGUUUUCGCUUAAACCGCACUGGUAGGGAGCGGUUUUUCAGAAAGGGUGCUAUUUUUGGAAUUUUUCGGAGUUAGGUGCUAUUUUUGGAAUUUUAAAAGUGCUAUUUCUGGAAAAAUCCCAAUUCUAUGUCAUUGCUUCCCUUCUAGUUAGAUACCAGACAAUCUACCAAGUUGUCCCAACUCAACCUAGAGGGAGGGCAGAAUGACUUUAGGGCACUUCUGCAUAAUAACUCAACACAAAAUAACAACAUACAAAAACAUGGGUCCUUUCCUCAAAUCUCCCAAGACAACACACACAAUCCAUCCAAUUUUCUCCCCUAAUUCUGAAGGCGAUAUUGCAUCACCAAACAAUCUUGAAUAGCAAACCAAACUAAAAAACUAUGCUUGGCAAAGAGCCUUCUACUCAUAAGUCAUAACCAUACUAUACCAUUGCACAUCAACUUCAUAAGGUCAAAAUGUAUUCCAUAUUAGUUUCACAGAGUAUUGAGACAUAAACACGCCAUCCCAUGACAAGACUUAGAAUCCGUACCUGCAGUGAAUAGUUGUGCUAUAGCUCGACUUUUCAUAAUUUGUUUACAAAUUCUAGAUCGAGUCGAUAUAGGAGCUAAAUAGUUUGAUACUUCUUUAUUGAUGCCUCUAUAGUGUACUACCUCUUGCAAAUAUGUUCCAUAUUUGUCGAGCUCACACAAGUCUUGUUCCACAGUCUGAAGUUUUCUUUUGCCUAGUCCACCCUCCCUUUCGGCUUGAGAGGAACAAAUUCAUCCAUAACAGUUGAUUUCUAGCUAUAACAACGAAAACUAACUGUAUUUUAUCCUCCAUAAUUCUCGAAUUUUCAUCUUAAUGAUGAGUCGGGAUUUAAUAAAUGAGCUAACUCGUGUUCUGCUCGACUCAGUUCGUUCAUAAAUUAACCGAGCUUGAGUUCAGCUAGAUUAUAAAUGAACCAAACUUGAACAAAAUAAAGCUCGAUUCGGGAUGGACUCAUUCUCUAUACGAGCCUGUAACACUUACCAAGCCCGAGCAAAAAAGCCCAGCCGCAAAGAAGUUCGCGGCCCAUGAAAUUCUAGUAUAUAUAAAGUAACGCCCUAUUUCCUCCACAAAUCUCUCUCUCUCACACACACUUCCCUUCCUCCUUCCUUCCUUCCUACCACCGCUAAAAAAAGUUCUUCCACAAUCACAGCGGCGGCCGGCACCACCGUCUCCGCAGCUAACAAUCACAAGAAGAGGAGCCGUGGUAAUAAUAUGAAUUCCCAUUUGCUUAGAGAGACGAGCGAUGUCGAACACACCCACAUCUCUCUCUGAAAUUUGCCUCACCUUAUUCCGCUUCGCCAUGUCCAUCGCCGACCCUUGGCCCUUCUCCUGAACCGAUUCCCCGUUUUCUCUGUGUGCGUCUCCAGCUCACUCACCGCAAAAUCAAUUUGGAAUCCGGCCCUCCUCUUGUUGUCCGCUUCCUCCAAUCAAUGAGAAAGAUGAGGGGAUUCAAGUUGGGGAAGCGGAUUUUCCGGGUUGCGAAUUGGAUCUUCGGCAGUAGGCGGAGGAGGAGAAAUCGCUCCCUCUACCGGCGGCUGACCUCGGAAGAGGGCAGUUCGUCGGCGACGCCGAUUACGAAGCUCAUCCGCUGGGGUCGCCGAUUGACCAGCGGAGCCAAAUCGCUCUGUUCGGCGAAAUCCGGAUGGGUGGAGGAGCCGCUGUUUGGGAAAGCGGCGGCGGUGCCGAAGGGGCAUCUGGCGGUCUACGUGGGGGGGAACGACGCCGGCGACUUUCACAGAGUGCUGGUGCCGGUGAUUUACGUGAACCACCCCCUGUUCGGCAAUCUGCUGAGGGACGCGGAGGAAGAGUACGGGUUCGACCAGGAAGGCGGGAUCGUGAUUCCUUGCCCCUUCGCCGAGUUUGAGCGGGUCAAGACGCGGAUUGAUGCCGUUUCCGGCGGCGGCCGGCGGCAGCCGAAGUUGCACAGGUUGAAACGGAGCCACUAAUGAUGAAGAUAUUGCUAUAAUUAUUGUGAUUGUAAUUUAUUUGUGAAUAUUAUUAUUCCUGUUAUCCUAUACUUCAUCUUUUCACCUGCCCGACUUUUCGCAAAUGGGAUGCGGGAAAAGAUAUUAAUUGAACGAAUUGGUGUGGUCCAUGGUAAAUGAUAAUGAUAUUUAUGGGAAUAGAAAUUGAAUUUUGAC